CAUUUAGAUGAUUCAGUAAAGUGGACAGAGCUUUUUGAAUAACAACCAAGCUUAAGAGAUGUAAGAAGACUUUUUUAGGAGGUGUUGAGAAGCUGCAUUUAGAGAUAUAUAUAAAGCCAACGGGUUUGGUGUUAUGUCAAAUUCUAACAACUGAACUUCGAGUGGACAAAAACAGGACCAGUACAUUUUUAAGUACAUUUUUAGAACCAAAACACCCUUGCUUUGUCAGUUCGAGAUAAUUUAAUUGACUGAUUUGAUCAACCUCGGUGGAGUUUUGAAGCCCACAAGAUACUUUUAAAACCCGCGGAGUUGUUACUAGUACAGGAGGUUGACGCAUCAGUGUCAGCAUGUGUUCAGGCGGCUUUGCCAAGUGUCUGGGGAUCACUUUGAUGCCUCUGACCAUCGUGUGUGUGCUGUGUAACAUCCUGCUCUUCUUCCCUGGUGGAAAGUCUGUGGACAGCGAACAUAUCACAGAGCAAGUAUGGUACUUUGGAGGCAUUCUGGGAUCUGGAGUGCUGAUGAUCUUCCCAGCUCUGGUCUUCAUGGGUCUGAAGAACAAUGACUGCUGCGGUUGCUGUGGCAAUGAAAGCUGUGGGCGGCGAUUUGCGAUGCUGAGUUCCAUACUGUUUGCAGCUGUGGGUGUUUUGGGGGCUGGUUACUCAGUUGUAGUUUCUGCCGUGGCCAUAAACCACGGACCCGAGUGUGUGAUUUCCAUUUACGGCACAAACAAGACAUGGGACACUCCUUUUUCGAAUGGUGACUACCUGACCAACAAAACUGCCUGGUCGCUUUGUUUAGAGCCAGCCAACGUGGUGUCCUGGCAUCUCUCUCUGUUCUCUGUGCUGCUGGUCAUGGGUUUAAUCCAGAUGGGGCUGUGCGCUGUGCAGGUGGUGAACGGCCUGCUGGCAGCUCUGUGUGGGGACUGCUGUGGCUGCUGUGGAGGGAGCGAUGGAGCCGUCUGAGCACUUCCUACAUCUGAGAGUUUGAAGGCGGCUGGUUCCUGUGUUUAUUCUGUUUCUAGAGGAUGACAGUAGUUUAUUGCUUUGUUCCAUAGCUAUACAUUUCAGCACAAGAGCUCAUUCAUUACAUUGUGUGUAUAACUAACAACACUGGUGAAAUGACAGAGCUCUACUUUUUAGCAAACACUAAUGAGCCCACCGUCUCUUUAUUUAAUCUGAAUCUGCUGUUUGUUUUGGCUAACAAUAAAGAGCCUAUUUUUUAAAUAUGUAUGAGAAGCAGAUGGGAUCAUGAGGAAGGAUAAGACCUUGCUGUUGGUUUAAAUGUUUUUUUUUUUCUUAUCUAGUCAAGCUUAAACAAUGGUGUUUGAAAAAUGAAUAGUCCUCUUUCAAAGUUAUAUUGAUAGAUAUAGAUAAUAUAAAAAAAAUAAAAAAUAGAUAAGAGAUAUUGAGUUACAGAUAUUUCUGUUGCAUGACUGCUCCCUGCUGGGGAUUUUGGUGUUGGACGCCAUCAAACUUAUUGUACUUCUCAGUAACAAAGGUUGCUAAUAGAAUCAAAAAUACUGAAACAGAAUUCUUUUAUUUCAAAAUGCAAUAAAUAAACGCUCAUUGUUACAGGAAGAUUGGAGGUGUGUUUUUUCUGUCACAGAAAAAUAUGUUAAAUGUAAACAUGACAUUUACUGUUGCCAAAUUACUCACUGUCAUUGGACUUUUUUCGCUUCUCUUUCAAAGACACCUACAUAGGUCUUCUUGUGAUGCACUAACAUGUGUAAUGUGUUAAUAAAGAAAAUCUUCUGUAAAUGAA